AUGCUAUCGCGAACACCUCAAGCCAUCCUGCGCCCCUCCGCAACUCUCCGCAUCUGCCGAAGUCCAAUCCGCGCAGCUUCAUCUCAACUGCGAUCACUGCAAUCCCAAUGCGCACCACAGCAGCAACAGCAACGAAAAGCUCCACCGUCGCUUCAACCGUCUCAUAGAAAGUUCUCCUCAACUCCGACUCCCGCAGACUCAAAAGCCCACUCGAAUAAUGUUGCUGGCGCAGCGGUCCAUGUGAGGGAUCCGUCACCGCUGUCUGAUAGCGAAUAUCACGAGUAUGCGGAGCAUUUCUUUGAAGAACUCCUUACUGAGCUGGAAAGGAUUCAGGAGGAGGGCUCUGAUAUUGAGUCGGAGUAUAGUGCCGGUGUCUUGAAUAUCAUCGUUCCCGGAGUCGGUACCUACGUCCUGAACAAACAACCCCCGAACAAGCAGAUCUGGCUUAGCUCUCCCGUUUCCGGUCCGAAGAGGUACGAUUGGAUCGUGGAGCGGAAUGCAGAUGGGGGCGAUACUCGACUGUGGGUUUAUCUACGGGACGGGUCAGUUUUGACGGACCUCUUGAAUGAGGAGCUGUCAAUAAAUCUGCCCAGGGAUGUGUAUGAAUCGCUGUAA